GAGAGAGACAGUGAACACUGCAACAGGGAGUCCAUUUCAGUUUCAGGGUGGUAACAUUUGGCGUAUUGGGUCUAGUUCACUUCCGGAAAUUUCAGAGAAGAGUUCUGUAAUCAAAUGGAGCCUGACAGGUUGAACUCACCCAACACAUUUACAAUGGAUUUGGAAGUUUUGGGGCAUGAGUUGCAGUUCAUUCAGGAUCCCAAUUCAAAGCAUCUAGGAACUACGGUUUGGGAUGCAUCACUGGUAUUCGCCAAGUUUUUGGAAAAGAACUCGAGAAGGGGAAAGUUCUCACCGUCAAAACUAAAAGGGAAACGUGUCAUUGAACUUGGAGCGGGUUGUGGAGUAGCUGGUUUUGGCAUGGCGUUACUGGGGUGUGAUGUGGUUAUGACAGAUCAAGUUGAGGUUUUGCCAUUACUAAUGAGAAAUGUUGAAAGGAAUACUUCAAGAAUUACACAGAUGAGUUCUGAGUCAUUUGGUUCUGUCCAAGUAGCAGAGUUAAACUGGGGCAAUGAGGAUCAUAUAAGAGCAGUUGAUCCACCAUUUGACUACAUCAUUGGCACUGACGUUGUUUACAAAGAAGAUCUCUUAGAACCACUAUUGCAGACAAUAUUUGCAUUGUCGGGGCCUAAAACUGCAAUUUUGCUGGGCUAUGAGAUUCGUUCUACAAGUGUCCAUGAACAAAUGGUUGAAAUGUGGAAAAGACACUUCGAGGUGAAACUUGUUCCAAAUUCUAAGAUGGAUAGUACCUAUCAACACCCAAGUAUUCAACUCUUCAUUAUGAAGUUGAAGCCUCCAUCAGGGUAUGCAGAAAAAACAGUUGAGCACACACUUCAAGAAGUUGAUGAAGUGGAGACAGCAGACAAUACAGCUGAGUUGGCUGAUGAAAAAAUUGACGCAAAUGCAGUUAAGGUGAUUAAUGAAAAUGUUGUCGAAGUGGGAAGCAGUAAAGAAAACGGUGAAAAUAGCUCUCCUUUUGAAAAGGUUGAAGAUUGUGAGCCAGUUCUAUUGCCUCAGAAUGAUAAACUUACUGAUUGGGAAGCGAGAAGAUAUGGCUCGAUGGCCGCACGCCUUUUGCACGAUGUCAAAAUCACAUAAUUAGUUUCUUCUUUGUGAUUUAAUUAAUUUCCGCUGUCAACUUGCUUUUGGUUCGGAAAUACUUGUCUAGACUAGUGUUCAUUAGACUAGUGUUCAUUAAUUUCCGCUGUCAACUGUUUUGUAAUUUCUAUAGAGAAGCAAAU